AUGAAUCAGCAGAUUCGCGAGGCCCAAUACGCCGUGCGCGGUGAGCUCGCUAUCCGAUCUGAAGAGCUCAAAAAUGUAUGUCCAAUGACUGGUGUUAACCUGCCCUUCUCGCGUGUCGUCGGUUGCAACAUUGGCAACCCCCAAGCCUUGGAUCAGAAGCCCAUCACUUUUUUCCGCCAGGUUGCGUCGCUUGUUGAAUACCCAGAGCUGCUCAAGGAAGAGAACGCCGAGAUCGUGUCGCGCCUCUACCCCAGUGACGCCGUUGCUCGUGCAAAGUUGCUCUUGAAGCACGUUGGCUCUGUCGGUGCCUAUUCUCAUUCUCAGGGUAUUCCUCAUAUCCGUGAGAACGUCGCCAAGUUCAUCUCUGAACGUGAUGGAUAUGCCGCCGAUCCCUCCAAGAUCUAUUUGACUCAGGGUGCCUCUGCUGGUGUGCAGCUCACCCUCGAGAUGAUUAUCGAGCACAACAAGGUCGGCAUUAUGAUCCCUAUCCCACAAUACCCCCUUUAUACCGCCACUCUGGCUGUCCUGGAUGCCAACCCAGUGCCAUACUAUCUCGACGAGUCCAAGGGAUGGGGCCUCACCACUAAGGAGCUUCAACGCUCAUUCGAUGAGGCUGUCCAGAAAGGCAUUGAGACUCGUGCUUUGGUCAUCAUCAACCCCGGCAACCCCACUGGACAGUGUUUGACAGAGGACAACAUGCGCGAGAUUAUUGAAUUCUGCCGCAAGAACAAGGUUAUCCUUCUGGCUGACGAAGUCUACCAGACCAACAUCUACAGACCUAAGGACCGCCCCUUCCAUUCCUUCAAGAAGGUUCUCAAGUCCAUGGGCUCAGACUAUGAGGGCUUUGAGCUGAUUUCGUAUCACUCCAUCUCCAAGGGCAUGAUUGGCGAGUGCGGUCGUCGUGGAGGUUACUUUGAGUGCGAGGGCUUGUGCGACACUGUGCUGGAGCAAAUCUACAAGAUUUCGUCGAUCAGCUUGUGCCCUAACGUCCAGGGACAGAUCAUGGUUGACUUGAUGGUUGACCCUCCCAAGAAGGGCGACCCAUCGUACGAGCAGUACAAGAAGGAGUACGACGACAUUUACUCCUCUCUGAUCAAGCGCGCCGCGAUCCUUGAGGAGACCUUCAACAGCCUCGAGGGCUGCACAUGCAACUCUGCCGACGGCGCCAUGUAUCUCUUCCCUCAGAUCCGUCUACCCAAGAAGGCCAUUGAGGCUGCCAGAGCCGCAGGCAAGGAGCCUGAUCAUUUCUACUGCAUGGCCAUGCUGGAGUCGACUGGUGUGUGCAUGGUUGCUGGAUCAGGAUUCGGUCAGGUCGAGGGCACUGCCCACUUCCGUAGCACAUUCUUGCCCCAGCCUGAGUUGUUUGCUGAUUUCUGUUCAGGCAUCAAGAACUUCCAUGCCGACUUUAUGGACAGGUACAGGGAUUAGAGCUAUUCACAGUGGAAUAUAUUCAGAGAUAGCAGUAUAAAUAAUUUUUACAAGGCGUUGCGCAAACAUUCUACAUGCAUCAAUGACAAAGAAGUGGCUUACAGCCACU